UAGUUCUUUUUUUGAAAACAUGGAGCGCUAGUGUCCGGGGGAGAUCGCCGGUCCCACGCAAAAGGUCGGCGUGGCCGCUCUCACGCUUCUCUCUGUCAUGACUUACGAGCGGUAAACAGCGGUUAUGUGGUUAUGACGGCCAUGACGGCCGGCGGAGUUGUAAAUAUACGCUCUUCUGUAUACUUCAACGUUUCUUUUUACAUUGUGAAUUAGAUUGUAAUCGGUGUUUAACUUUAUCACAAUAUUCACGUUUUACACACCGAGAUUUGCUAAAAACAUUGCAAGACUCUUCUCACAAUUUUCUCAACAAGUCAUAAGAACAACUUUUCUCCACAAUACAUGUGUGCCCUGCGUCAAUUUGACGUGCUCGUUUAAAGAGAAUGAGUACGUGCGACACGGAGAUUUGUGGAUUUCUCGACGUCAAAUCGACGGGAAGAAGGUACGUCGCGCAGAGGGUGAGAAAGAAGGGCCUGUCCCUCUCGAGAGUGUGGAAACGAUCGUGGUGCUCGAUGAGACAGCUGGGACCCGGUCUCGGCUUGCAAGUGCAAUUCGAUCAGAAGCUCGGCUGCGGUCAUGACAACAACGCUUCGAAGCAGAACGAGAAGCAUGGCUCGGUGGUGAUACCACCGGGUGCUGUCGUACAUCGCAUUAGCUCCAGAACGAAGCAAUUCGCGUUCAGCGUAUCGCCAGCGGUCGACAGGAAGCCUCUGCUGUCAUUGUCCGCCAACUCGGAGACCGAGACGCAGCGUUGGAUGGCGAAUAUCAGGCACUUGUUGAAGCCCAGAAGGCACUCCUGCGUCGAGAGAUCGUACGACGUAUCCAUAGUCGACAACGAGCAUUCGAAGGCGGCAGACUUAACCGGUUUAUACGGAGAUCUAAUCGCCAACAAGACGGGGAUUUUCAUUAGAGACGUCAACACAGGGGAGAUAGUCAAGACUUUCAAGUGGACAGAAUUCACUCAGUUCCACUUAAUGACAGCAGGCCGUCCGGAAGACGUGAAGCGUAUUUGUGUGAUACAUACUGGCAAGGAAUUUUGCUGUGGCAUCGGAGAACUCUACGUAUUCUGUCUUGAGGCUAGUAAGUUGCUGCAGGAUUUGGUAACACAGGGUCGUGGUCCGAAACGACGAAGAUCUUCAUAUUCUGACGGCGAGAAUCUCGAAACGGUGGGACGCAAUAGAAUCAGCAGUCUUCCUUCGCAGUUAAAAAGUAAUCCACCGCUUUGUGUCCUUAAUAGAGACGCCAAUUGUUUAAGGACAUCGAUCGGCAGUAAAGCCGUAGAGAAUCUAUAUCAAUUGGAACCUAAUCCGAUGUACAGCGAAAAACUUGAUUCCUACAAUCAUAGAGAAUCGAAUGUUUCUAUCGCCUCGGGAAUUUAUGAAGAAAUUAGAGACGACAUUUGUUCUCCCAAGUCGUUCACUUCCAAUGAGUGUAAGGAUACAACUGGACUUUCGUGCAAUUUGCAAAUGGAACCUCCGGCACUACCACCACGACAGAAGGAGAGAUCGGAAUACACAGAGGAAGAUAGGAUGGACGCAGAACAAUAUUCUUAUCCAGAAAUUUCCAACCAUUUUGAAACAAGAUCACAAAAUAUAGUAUGCACGCAAGAAACUACUCUCACAGAUAAUUCCUAUGUUCCAAUGUUACUUCAAGAGACCUCAAUUCACUCGAGAGACCUCAAUAUGCUUGAGUCCGAUGUCUCGGAAAAUUCAAGAGAGAAUGAUUACGUAAUUAUGCGAUAACAUUACAGGAUCUAAAUACAAUUAAGGUAAGAAUUUUAAGAAAAAUUUAAUAAAUAACGAAAACUAUAGAUAGUAUACGUAUGUAUAUAUAAAAAGCCGUCCAAAAUAUACCAGGUAUUUUAUCAUUUUUUAUAUUCUAUGCUAAUGUACAUAUAGGAAAUAGUUCGUUUAAAUUUAAAAAAAGUUUAGAUAACACUUGACAUAUCUUUCAAAAUUA